AGAUACAAGCUUCCAAUUAUUAUUAUUGUUGUGAAUAACAACGGUAUUUAUGGAGGACUUGACAUGGAGACUUUUCGACAAAUUCAAGCAAGCGGAGACCCAACUCAAGUACUACCUCCAUACUCGUUGACUUGCGAGGUACAUUACGAAAAAAUGAUGGAAAUGUUUGGGAAAAAGGGCCAUUAUUGCACCACGGUUCAGCACAUUUCGCAAGCGUUAAAUGCUGCUCUUCUGGUAAAAGACGAACCAACAUUGAUAAAUAUCAUGAUUAACCCACAAGCUGAUAGAAAAGAACAAAAAUUCAAAUGGUUAACAGAAUCGAAGCUUUAGAUUUUAGAAAGUUUAUUAACGAUUUUUUACCCAAAAAAAAAACAUAAACCUAAAAAAGUCAAUUUGUGUAACAAAAUUGUACAAGAAGAUUUGAAAAGAAAUAUUUCGAAAAAUCAUUUUUU